GGUCUUCUGCUUGAUGCUACACAAUUCGAAAUAAAUUGUCGCUUAGUAUUGCUACAACCGUCGCAGCUUCAGUAUUAUUAUCCUCAACGUUUAAAAAGAGUGGCAUCAUGCGUGCUUUCGAAACCAUCCUGCUUAUUCUACCAAUAAUUUGCACUUCUGCUCAGAGUGGUUUUGGCUACGAGAUACUUGUUGCAAAAUUUGAAGCAUUAGAGGACCGCAUUCUCAAUUUUGAGAUCGGACUUCAGAAUAACAUUUCCUCGUUCGUGACGGAGUUGAGGCAGCUGCGUGACCUCGUUAAAACACAACAAAACCAUCAACAAAUUUACGAAUCAUGCGAUAAGGUGCCAUCGAAGGUUUCCGGCGUGUACAACAUACAAAUCGGUCCCCAGGAGACGAAACGCGUUUUUUGUGACCAAAAGUACGACGGCGGUGGAUGGGCUGUGAUCCAGCGGCGCUUCGAUGGCUCUGUUAAUUUCUAUCGCGAAUGGGCUGAAUACAAACGAGGCUUCGGCAACAUGGAUGGUGGAGAGUUUUGGCUCGGAUUGGACAUCAUCCACCAACUGACAUACUCUGGACCACAUGAGCUAGUGGUCCUGCUGGAGGAUUUCGAAGGGAACUCAACCCACGCGAAGCUCGAGAGGUUUGAAGUGGCGGGUGAGCAUGAGGCGUACAAGGUGACUAUGGCACAAGGAUUUAGUGGAACGGCGGGUGACUCAAUAACGGGCACAAAAAGUUAUCAAUUCAGUACGUUCGACAAAGAUAACGAUAUUCAUACUACUAACUGUGCAGUUGAUUAUCAUGGUGCAUGGUGGUACUCCAAAUGCCACGGCAGCAAUUUGAAUGGAAAAUACUUGAAAGGAACUACGACUGAAUAUGCUACAGGAAUGGUGUGGAAGACUUUUCGUGGAUAUUAUUAUGCCCUUAAAUCUUCCAAGAUGAUGAUCCGAAAAGUUGGGAUUAAAUAAAUAUAAAUCUGUUCACGA